AUGUCGUUCGGUGGUCAAACACCGACUAUCGUUGUCCUCAGAGAGGGCACCGACCAGUCCCAGGGCCGCGGCCAGAUCGUCUCCAACAUCAACGCCUGUCUCGCCGUACAAUCCACCAUCAAGUCCACCCUUGGCCCCUACGGAGGUGAUCUCCUGCUCGUCGACGAGAAUGGCAAGCAGACCAUUACCAACGAUGGUGCCACUGUCAUGAAGUUGCUCGACAUUGUCCACCCUGCCGCCCGUAUCUUGACCGACAUUGCCCGCUCGCAGGACGCCGAAGUUGGAGAUGGAACCACAUCAGUUGUCGUCUUGGCUGGAGAGAUUCUCAAGGAGAUCAAGGAGCACGUCGAGCACGGUGUCAGCAGUCAGACCAUCAUCAAGGGUCUGCGAAGAGCUAGCACCAUGGCCGUCAACAAGAUCAAGGAGAUUGCCGUCAACACACAGGAGAACAACCAGAGAGAGACUCUGCGGAAACUCGCCGCAACCUCGAUGAGCAGCAAGCUGAUUCACCGCAACGCAGACUUCUUCACAAAGAUGGUUGUCGACGCCGUCCUCUCCCUCGACCAGAACGACCUCAACAACAGACUCAUCGGUAUUAAGAAGAUCACUGGUGGUGCCCUGCAAGAUUCCCUGUUCGUCAACGGUGUCGCAUUUAAGAAGACCUUCUCCUACGCCGGUUUCGAGCAACAACCCAAGUCAUUCAAGAACCCCAAGAUCGUUUGCUUGAACGUCGAGCUCGAGCUCAAGAGCGAGAAGGACAACGCCGAAGUCCGUGUUGAGCAAGUGUCGGAAUAUCAGGCUAUCGUCGAUGCCGAGUGGCAGAUUAUCUUCAACAAGAUGGAGGCUCUUUACCAGACUGGCGCAAAGAUUGUUCUCAGCAAGCUGCCUAUUGGUGAUCUUGCGACACAGUACUUUGCCGACCGCGACAUCUUCUGUGCUGGUCGCGUAGCCUCAGACGACAUGGAACGCGUGUGCCAGUCCACCGGCGCCUCGAUCCAAUCCACCUGCUCCGACAUUCAAGAGGCCCACCUCGGUACCUGCGAAACCUUCGAGGAGCGUCAAAUCGGUGGAGAGAGAUUCAACUUCUUCGAGGGUUGCCCCGGCGCAAAAACCUGCACUCUUGUCCUCCGUGGUGGUGCUGAACAGUUCAUUGCCGAAGUCGAGCGCAGUCUACACGAUGCCAUCAUGAUCGUCAAGCGUGCCAUCAAGAACCAGAGCAUUGUUGCUGGUGGUGGUGCUUGCGAGAUGGAGAUCAGCAAAUACCUACACACCUACGCCGACAGCAAGAUCCCUCACAAGCAGCAAAGUAUCAUCAAGGCCUUCGCCAAGGCACUCGAGGUCAUUCCUAGACAGCUUUGCGACAACGCUGGUUUCGACGCUACCGAUAUCCUGAACAGACUGCGUGUUGAGCACAGGAAAGGCAACCUCUGGGCCGGUGUUGACUUCCAGAACGAGGGUGUUAGAGACAACAUGGCCGCCUUUGUGUGGGAGCCCAGUCUCGUCAAGAUCAACGCCAUUCAAGCCGCUACCGAGGCCAGUUGCUUGAUUCUGAGCGUUGACGAGACCAUCAAGAACCAGGAAUCUCAGGCUCCCCAAGCCCCUGGUCAACAACUUCCCCCUGGUGCUGCUCAAAGGGCGAUGCGCGGCAGAGGAAGAGGUAUGCCCAGAAGGUAG